CGCCCCGUAGCCGUACCCUUGAUCCGGCGACGGAAGAUGGCGGCGGCGCUGGUGGUGCCCACCCUCGGCCGCUGGAUCGCCCGGUCAGGUGUGCUGCCCCUCUGCCGCCAGCCACCGGCAUGGGGCAGAGCAGCCCGGCGGUCCUCCGGCCUCUCGCUUGCCCCAUGUCGUGCCUUCAGCAACAACAAGAUACUGGUGGAGCUGAAUGAGAGUUCAGGUGUUGCCAUGAUGAAGUUCAAGAGCCCUCCAGUAAACAGCCUCAGCCUGGACUUCCUCACCGAGUUUUGCAUAAGCCUGGAGAAGCUGGAGAAUGACAGGGCCUGCCGUGGUGUGAUCUUCACAUCUAAUGUUCCCAAAAUCUUCUCAUCUGGCCUGGACAUCACCGAGAUGUACGGGAAGAGCACGGAGCACUACGCUGAGUUCUGGAGAGCCGUGCAGGAGAUGUGGCUCCGAGUGUACAGCUCCAACAUGGUGACAAUUGCUGCAAUCAAUGGAGCCAGCCCAGCAGGAGGCUGCCUUGUUGCCUUGUCGUGUGACUACAGGAUCAUGGUGGAAAACCCCAAAUUCAGCAUUGGCCUGAACGAAGCCCAGCUGGGCAUUGUGGCUCCCUUCUGGUUUAAGGACACAUUUGUGAAUGUCGUGGGAUACCGAGUCGCUGAACGCUCCCUUCAGCUGGGCACCCUUUACCCUGCACCUGAGGCCCACAAGAUUGGCCUCGUGGAUGAGCUGGUGCCAGAGGAGAAGCUCCAGGAGAGGGCUCUAGCUGUCAUGGCACAGUGGCUGGCCCUUCCCGACCAUGCCCGUCAGCUCACCAAGUCCAUGAUGAGGAAGGCAGUGUUGGACCGCCUGGUAGCUCACCGAGAGGAAGACAUUCAGAACUUUACCACCUUCAUUUCCAAAGAGUCCAUCCAGAAAUCACUUCGCAUGUAUAUGGAGAUGCUGAAGAAGAAGCGCUAAGGAGCCAGCGGCCUGGGGCCUGGUUCCAGGAGCUCUAGUGACCCUCCAAAAUGCUGCAGUAGCUGUAGACUUUCACAGUGAAGCCAUCUACAGUGUCAGCAUUGGGUGAUGUGAUCCUGCUCCCAUGGCCGAACCAAAUGUCCCUUCCCCUUAGUUCCUGUAGAGUGCCUGUCACCACUGCUGCCUUUCCUGAGAGCAAGGAGAGCUGCCUGCUCAGCUCCUCUGAGGAACAGACAAGGAGAGGGUCCUCACACCAUUGUGGCCCAAGCCUUCUGGUCCUUGGAUCUCAUCCCUCCUGUACAACAGCUAAUUGCAAAAUGAGAUUUGUCAAUAAAGUCUUCGAUGAGGCA